GCACUUUGUCCACUUCUGCUUUGUGCUAACUCAAAAAGUUAAAAUGUUGCUGGAAUUUGCUGGUGUUCUGCACUUGAUCUUUCAGAUACAUGCUCAAGUCUCCCCUUAUCAGACAACCUGGACUGUGACGUGUGACGAUGAAAACAUCUGCACACCUGAAACGUCACAUGUGUUCAUUAAGUGCUCUUACACACACACCAACAUCCACACUGUGAUCUGGUUCAGUCCUAAACAGAAAGAGAAAUGGAAGAACGAGUAUUAUCCAGAGGAUCUCACUUUGGACUCCGACUUAGCUGGUCGUGUGAAUCACACCGAGACUCUAAACUCCAGCACUCUGACAAUAAGAGACGUGACACUCAGAGACUCAGGAGAAUAUCGCUUCAUUCUCGUUACAGCAAACAGAGAGAAAUAUCUCAGUUCAAAAGCUGUGACUCUAAAAGUGACAGACCUGCAGGUGUGGAUGCAUCCUGGCAUCACGGAGCAGGAAUUACAUCUCACAUGUGGCACUCAGUGCAGACUGGCUGCAAACUGGGACACCUGGUGGAAGGAUGGCAAGCGUAUAAGCUCUAAAUUUAACAGCGAGCCUCUUGUCUUAUCUGCCGGUGAUGGAGGAAGCUACUUCUGCUCGAUCAUUAGCAAGGCAGUGAUGAUCCAUUCCCCUGCAGUGUGUGUCUGGAAAAAGAACUGUUGGAAUGUAACAUACGCUCAGAGAACAGUAUGUGCUUUCAAAGGUUCAUCUGUGAGUUUCCCCUGCACUUAUUCAUAUCCCAGUGGACAAAAAGUCAAUAAAAGCUACUGGACGUUCAAUCAGAAUGACGUGAGUCUCUUGGAGCAGUUUGCAGGUCGUGUGGAGUUUGUCAGAGAUAAAGAGAAUGACUGCACUCUAAGACUGACUAACCUUAAAGACAGCGACUCUGGAGAUUAUCGCUUUCUUUUCACUACUCAUACCACAGAGCCAGUCUUCAGCAGCUCACUCAGGGUUCAGCUGAUUAUAACAGAUUUUCAGGUCAGGGUGAGUUCUUCCAGCACAUCAGAAGGACAGACAGUAACACUGAGCUGUAUCACCAAAUGUACUCUUCCUAAGCAUACAAUCAGCUGGUACAAGAACAGCCAAUGUGUAAUGAACAAACUCACCAAAUAUAACAACCUGUAUCUGAAUGCAUCUAGCUACAAGGACACAGACACCUACACUUGUGCUGUGAGAGACACUGCCAAUCAGAACUGUACUGCAGCUUCAAUUGGCGAUCGGUGGUGGAUUCAGUUUGCUAUAUGGGCAGCAGGGGUAUUCAUGGCUGUUUUAACUCUACUUAUUGUUAUUCAGCUUAUCAGGAGGGCAAGACAAAAAAAGAACGAUACUCAGAGUGUUUCAAACCCUGUAGAUGACACAUACACAGGGCUGGACCCUACAGCCAUGUCUCUCACUUAUGCUACUCUUGGAGAUAUAGAGGUUUCACUAACUGACACCUACACUGCUCUAAGCCUAGCAAACCAGUCCUCUGAGUACAACACACUGUUUGCUUAUUCAAGGAUGACGAGCAGAACGGAGCGAUACACACACACUCAGGUUGUAAAGGUUUCAGACAGUAAAGUACAGAGAGAAGCCUCAGACUCAGCAUAUGAAAAUGUAGAAUGUAAUGUAAAUGUAGAGUUAAGAACUGGUCCACAUUCAAUACACAAGUCCAAUCAAAUGAAAUAGAUAAACAAAAUUCACAUGACGUAUGAUAGAUUUAUAUUUAAGUCACAGCCUAUUAUAUGUGUAUGCAUAAGUCUUUCAGUUUUAUUUAUAACAGACACAAUGGUCUCAAAGAAGAUUUACAGAUGUGAAUGUAUAAAUGUGCUUAUUUAAAAAAAAAGGUGUACUUUUUUUUUUUAAAUCAGUCUUGUCCAUACUGAUUGAUCCUGCAGUCAAAACACAACGACUAUUUUUUUUUAUUAUUUGUCUUGUGAAAUUCUUUAAACUUAAUGCAGUAUGAGAGUAAAAAUACCAAUGUCAAUGCCAAUACCAAUUUCAAUGUGCACUUCAGUGUGUCUAUACCGCUCCCUGUAAUACCGCGUCUGUCCGCAAGAGGGCUUAAUUCCAUUGUA